AUGGCCGCGUCAUCGACUCGAUUGCGAUGCUUAUAUGCGACGUCCGCGCCCUGGAAAAGAUCACCCUCUCAAUCAUUCAGCAACCUAUCUCGCCACUAUGCUACUACCACCAACUCGGAUCCUUCUGCCUCAACAACGACGACAGCCGCAUCGGAUGGGAAUGUAGCACCUCGACCUCGAAGGACAACUACAUUCAAAGAUAAACUCAAUGCCGGGCCAUCAUUCGCUGAUUUUGUCAGCGGCGGCGGAAAUGCAGAGGCAUAUGCGCUCGACACCGUCAUGGUUGGACCUGCAGGACGUAAGAGAGAACACACUCGUCUACCCUCGUGGUUGAAGACACCUAUCCCCGAUUCCGAGAACUUCAAACGCAUCAAGAAGGACCUCCGAGGAUUGGAUUUGCAUACAGUUUGUGAAGAAGCUCGGUGCCCGAAUAUCUCAGAUUGUUGGGGAGGCAGUAGCAAGUCCGCAGCAACAGCGACUAUUAUGCUGAUGGGUGACACAUGUACACGAGGAUGCCGGUUUUGCAGUGUUAAAACCAAUCGAGCUCCUGCGCCACUGGAUCCUCACGAGCCUGAAAAUACCGCUGAAGCUCUACGACGCUGGGGUCUUGGGUACGUGGUGCUUACCAGCGUUGAUCGCGAUGAUCUCGCGGACGGUGGAGCACGGCAUUUUGCAGACACAGUUAUGAAGAUCAAACAAAAGGCACCUAAUAUCCUUGUUGAGUGUCUCACGGGCGAUUUCGCCGGCGACCUUGAGAUGGUAUCUCUCGUAGCGCGCUCCGGUCUCGACGUCUACGCACACAACGUCGAAACCGUGGAAGCGCUCACACCUGAAGUCCGCGACCGUCGAGCCACUUUCCAGCAAUCCCUCCGUGUUCUCGAGGCUGCCAAACGCGCAAACCCGUCCCUCAUCACCAAGACCUCCAUGAUGCUGGGUUUCGGCGAAAGUGAGGCUCAGAUGUGGGAUGCUCUCCGCCAACUCCGCGCUUCCAAUGUGGAUGUGGUCACGUUUGGACAAUACAUGCGCCCGACAAAGAGGCAUAUGAAAGUACACGAAUAUGUCACGCCGGAUAAAUUUGAGCUGUGGAGACAGCGUGCACUAGAUAUGGGAUUCUUGUAUUGCGCUUCGGGGCCGUUGGUGAGGAGUAGUUACAAGGCUGGAGAGGCGUUUAUUGAGAAUGUGUUGAAGAAGAGGAGGGGUAUGACAACUAAUACUGAUGCUUCUUCAACUGUUGCUUCUUCGCCGGAUAUAGCAACGGACGCUCUCAACCAUUAA